UCCAUUUAUAAACCAUUUUUAUAAUCAAGAACACAGUUUUUUCUCUCUAAAUUCUUAGCAAAUUAACCAAACCAGUUCUUGAGUUUGAUCAAUAUCAAUGGCUGAUCCACAAAGAAUUCAUCCAGUCACUCAUGAUAUAGAGUCAGGACAAAAACAAACUGUUCCUUUGAUGCCAAGAAACGCUUCCAAAUCGGAAAAAGGUGAUCCGGCAGCAUAUCCGCCGUUCCGUAGAGAUAUUCCGGUGAUGCACUCAAAACCACCCAAGAGAAGAAGAAGCUGUUGCUGCAGAUGCAUGUGUUGGACUAUAAGUCUUCUUCUACUCCUUAUAGUACUCAUCGGAGCAACCAUCGGAAUCCUAUUCUUAGCUUUCCGGCCAAAACUUCCCGAUUAUUCAGUCGACAAACUGCACAUAACACAGUUCAACCUCAGCUCUCAAGACUCAAGCUUAUCCGCCGCAUUCGAAGUGACAAUAACAGCAAAGAAUCCGAACGAGAAAAUCGGAAUAUAUUACGAAGGAGGCAGCCAUAUCGGAGUAUGGUACGACGGCACAAAACUCUGCGAAGGUUCGUUGCCGAAAUUCUACCAAGGCCAUGAGAAUACAACUGUGCUUAACGUGCCAUUACAAGGGCAAACGCAAGAUGCAAAUGCGUUGUUUGUUUCUCUUCAGCAACAAAGCCAGACGACUGGUUUUAUUCCGUUGAACCUUAGGGUUAAGCAGCCGGUGAGAAUUAAGCUCGGUUCAUUGAAGCUUUUUGAGGUGAAAUUCUUGGUUAAAUGCAGGCUUGAUGUUGAUAGUUUAUCUACUAAUAAUGAUAUUCGUAUUAGAAAUAGUAACUGUAAGUUUAGUCUUAACUUAUAAGUUUUUUUAUUUAUUUAUUUUCUUGUUUUUUUCAUA